AUGGCCCUGACGGGUCGAUGCCCAACGAGUCGGUCCAGAACACAGACGGAAACCGUGCCGUUUUGCACGUCGGAAACUCCCGCUCUGGAAGCUGGGCGACGUGCAAACGGCGGCGGAGAUGUUCCUGGCGACCGGGAUUCCUGGGACGACUCUCCCCCUGGGGAUGCCAAGGUGCCUCUCCCAGCGGCUCUUCCUGAUGCCACCCGUCCAGGCCUAGGCCUCCGGGUCGGGGUCCACCGCUGUCCACCCUACCGUCUGGGAGGCCCCUGCCAUCGCCUGCGGGUCCAGAGAAGGCUGGCCUCGGAGGAACGAGUUUGGCAAGGUUCGUUCCGUGGCUCUCCCUUUGGAAACCGCAUCCCUGCCGUUGUUCGGCUUUCCCCUUCCACGCGGUCCGUAGAAGGCCGCUGUGGUGCCACCUGGCGCCCGCACUCUGCUCCUCGGGGCGCGUUCGCAUUACUGCUCCAAUUUCCUUGCUGGGCUCCUGCUAGGAUCCAGGAAGACAUCCGUGUCGUCUUCCAGGUCACAGGCCCUUUUCCUGAAGACGGGAGCAUUUUCCCAAAGUGUGUGACGGGAGACGCAAAGGGCCGUACACCCGGCUUCAGGAAGCACUGUGGAGAAACCGGAUGGGUGUUCGCGCUGGAGGAGAGUGCCGUGCAUUUCACGGGAAGUACCAGCACGGGACACAAACCGUCCUUCAACUUCCCUAUAGCUUCUGGACGACAGAAGCAUGGCCCUGUGUGCGUGUGCAUGAGCGUGAGUGUGUGCGUGCGCGCGCGCGUGGGGCUCGCGUGUGUGUGUGUGAGUGAGAGAGAGAGAGAGAGAGAGAGAGCGAGAGAGAGGGAGAAACCGAAGGAAAGCCCUAUCGACGGACCUCUGAGCACCGUGUGCGCGUUCUCGAAAGUGUGCGUGAAAGGAGGAUUCAAGGGUCCCGCCCUUAGCUCUGAGGAACCAGCCUGUGGCCAGUGCAUUUCCAGCGGCCAUCCUGUGUCGGGAAGACAGCCCCGUGCACGCAGGUCUGCGUCUACGCCGCAGGAAAGCGACCUCGGGCGGAUCCUGAGAUCCAUAGGGCAGGGCUGA